AGUUAAAAGAUUGCGUUAGCUAGCAACGUGAAAUUGUCAGUACAAAACGAAUGCAUGGUCAUACAUUUAUAUUUGGAGCUCACAGAUUUGUCACGAAUGUCCAGUUGCAUUUGUAUUGGCCGAGAUUCCUUGUCUAAUUUUAACAGCCCAUCCAGCUAGCAUUUGGAGGGGCAGUUUUGCAAGCCACAACAGCUCUGUUGGUUAGCUAGGCAGUUAGCUAGCUAGUAUACCCUCGAUAAUUAAUAACUAAUCAAUAUGGCAAGUGUGGAGUCGUCGAUGGAAUUCACCAGUUCGCUGACUGUAUCGUCUCAUCUUCCGCCACCACGGACACGGAUUUUCAAGAUCAUAGUGAUUGGGGACUCCGGGGUGGGCAAGACCUGCCUCACCUACCGAUUCUGUGCGGGCAAGUUUCCGGAGAAAACCGAGGCCACGAUCGGGGUGGACUUUCGGGAGAAACUUAUCGAGAUUGACGGCGAGACAAUCAAGGUCCAGCUAUGGGACACGGCGGGCCAGGAGCGUUUCCGUAAGAGCAUGGUGCAGCACUACUACCGUAACGUGCAUGCUGUGGUGUUCGUGUACGACGUGACCAGCGCCGCCAGCUUCCGCAGCCUCCCGACCUGGAUCGAGGAGUGUAAGCAGCACGCCCUGGGCCAGGAGGUCCCGCGGAUCCUGGUGGGCAACAAGUGUGACCUGCAGAACUCUGUCCAGGUGGGCACGGACUUGGCCCAGCAGUUUGCCGACGCCCACUCUAUGCCCCUCUUCGAGACGUCCGCCAAGAACCCCAGCAGCGACGGCAGCGGUGACAGUAUCCGGGGGAGCAGCGAUCACGUGGAGGCCAUCUUCAUGACGGUGGCCCACAAGCUGAAGUCCCAGAAGCCUCUGAUACUUAGCCAGCUGCCCAGGGGGGUGUUAGGUGGGGACACGGUAACCCUGAUAAGGGGGAGGGACGAGGGCGAGGAGAAGGUGAGCUGGACCUGCAGCUGCUGAGAGAGGAGGGGUGAGAGAUAGCAUUGGGGGAAGCAAGAGAGGGAGGUUAGGGGAGAUAAAGGAAGGACUAUUAUCAUAUAACGUAAACAUCUGUGAUAUGGGAAAGAAAAAGAUCAAAAGGGAACUUGUUUGAAAUUAAACUUGUUGACUGGUUCCACUG